GUCUUCUUCAAGUGAGAUAAUAAACAUAGCGAAACCAUUGCUUGUUUUCAUGCGGUGAAAUAUAUGAAUGCUUAGCUUGGUGUGAUCUUGAAGAUUUGGCAGAUACUGUUGAAAGUGGACUGAAGCAGAGAUAUUUGAUUUUUUUUUUGUUGCCCUUUCUCUUGUGGAAAGGGUUAGAUCCACAAGUGGAAGAGGCUUCAUUUCCUCUGUCUGUUUCUUGAGAAACAUUGACUCAGUGAUUUGACAAAAAGAAGGAUAGGUUAGAGUUAUUGGAAAGAGAGGAAAAAGUGUAUCUCUUUGGAUCCUUUGGAGAUUUCAGCCUAAAUUAUUGAAAGCCUACAAUGAGUUUUGGAUUCAUAUAGCUUCAAAAAGCUGGUGUGGAAUCUCAAAAGAGGGAGUUUUGUGGCUGAGGGCUUUGUUUUUAUGUUUUGAAGUUAAUGUGAUUCAGUGAGAAGGAAGUGGUGAGUGAGAGGUCUUGUCAUGUCUACAAGUUUUGUAUCCAUCUGCAACUCAAGCUGUGUGUUUGGUUUGGUCUUGUCUUGAUGUCCAACUUGCCUUAAUAAUGCAUUCAUCAUUACAAAAUCUCUACAGGUUUCAGUAGAAAUCAAUCUUCUUGAAAGAGAGAGAGAGGAAUCUAGAGAAUAGUUAUUUCAUUUGAGUUUUAAAAUGAUCAGAAGAAAGCGGGAGAAGAUACCAAGUUCUAAUGGGACUGAGAAGGUUCUUGUUGCUGUUAAAGCAUCUAGGGAGAUUUCAAAGACAGCAUUGGUUUGGGCUUUGACACAUAUUGUUCAUCCUGGAGACUGCAUAACUCUUGUUGUUGUUGUCACUUCUCACAAUGCUGGUCGAAAGCUUUGGACUCUCCCUAAGUUUGCUGGAGACUGUGCAAGUGGUCAUAGGAAACCACAUUCUGAUGCAAUCCCUGAGAUAAAAAGUGACCUCACUGAUACUUGUUCUCAAAUGAUUCUCCAGCUUCAUGAUGUCUAUGACCCAAACAAGGUUAAUGUUAGGAUCAAAAUUGUUUCUGGAUCACCAUGUGGAGCUGUUGCAUCUGAGGCCAAGGAAUCACAAGCAACUUGGGUAGUUCUGGAUAAGCACCUUAAGCAAGAAGUGAAGCGGUGCAUUGAUGAGCUACAAUGUAACAUUGUGGCCAUAAAGCGUUCUCAAGCAAAAGUUCUGCGGUUCAACUUGGUCGGUUCACCAACAACAAAAGAUGCAGUGAAAGAGAACAAAAGCAGGUUGUUAGGUUCUGUUGGAGCAGUAGUUACAACUCCUUUUAGCAGUCCUGAGGUUGGCACACCAUUCACUGGUACAGAAGCUGGGACUUCAUCAGUGGCUAGCUCUGACCUUGGAACAUCAUCGCCUAUUUUCACAGUGGAAGUGAAAAAAGAUGAUGCUAAUGCUGCUCAAGAAACCAAGAUUUCAAGUAGGAGUGAUUCUGAGACUAGUGGAAACAUAAGAGGAGCAGUUUCGCUAUCACGAAAUGCUCCUCCUGUUCCACCUCCUCUCUGCUCUAUCUGUCAGCACAAAGCACCUGUAUUUGGAAAACCACCGAGGUUUUUCUCUUACAAAGAGUUAGAGCUUGCAACAAAAGGUUUUUCACAGUCUAACUUCUUGGCAGAAGGAGGGUUUGGAUCUGUUCAUAGAGGUGUGUUACCUGAAGGCCAGAUUGUAGCGGUAAAGCAACACAAACUAGCUAGUACUCAAGGAGAUGUAGAGUUCUGCUCUGAAGUAGAGGUUUUGAGCUGUGCUCAGCACAGAAACGUGGUUAUGCUAAUUGGUUUCUGCAUUGAAGAAAGCAGAAGACUAUUAGUUUAUGAAUACAUAUGCAAUGGAUCAUUAGACGGUCAUCUAUACGGUCGCCAUAAGGAUACUUUGGAGUGGCCUGCAAGGCAGAAAAUAGCGGUUGGAGCGGCUAGAGGUCUUAGAUAUCUUCAUGAAGAGUGUAGAGUGGGAUGCAUUGUUCACAGAGACUUAAGGCCUAACAAUAUACUAAUCACUCAUGACUACGAACCACUGGUUGGAGACUUUGGUUUAGCGCGGUGGCAACCUGAUGGAGAGCUCGGUGUAGACACACGCAUAAUAGGAACUUUCGGUUACUUAGCUCCAGAGUAUACUCAAAGUGGACAGAUCACAGAGAAAGCUGAUGUUUACUCAUUUGGGGUUGUACUAAUCGAGCUAAUCACGGGUCGUAAAGCCAUGGAUAUCUCCAGACCAAAAGGACAACAAUGUUUAAGUGAAUGGGCUAGGUCUAGAUUAGAAGAGUAUGCGGUUGAAGAGCUGGUUGAUCCAAAGCUGGAGAAGAGAUAUUCAGAAACAGAAAUCAUUUGUAUGAUUUAUACUGCUUCAUUGUGUAUACGCAGAGAUCCACAUUUGCGUCCUCGUAUGUCUCAGGUACUGCGUUUACUGGAAGGAGAUAUGGUAGUGAAUGAGAGGUUUAGUGGAAGAUUAUCGACUGAGAGAAGUCAGAGAUCAGUGAGAUAGUUAUGUACUAGUGAUGAUGUUAAUGACUAAAUAAUGUAAUUAACCAACAAAACACGUUGUCAAUAAACUGUUCUUAUGUCUCUCAGUCGCACAAAACUAUUUAUGUUAUCAUCGAGUGAGAUAAGUCAGAGAUUAGUGAUAAUCUUGUACUAAUGAUGAUGUUAAUGAU